AAGCCCUCUCCAUCCCCUGCCCUCACCCAGUCCCUGCUGAGGCUGAGCAGAUAUCUCGGGAUCUGUCGGCAGCUCCUGGUUUGAGAGCGGAGACCAUGUCUGACGUGGAAGAGGUGGAGGAAGAGUACGAGGAGGAGCAGGAAGAAGACGCUGCAGAAGAAGAAGAGGACUGGAGAGAGAACGAAGACGAGCAGGAAGAGGCAGCAGAAGAGGAGGCUGAAGGUGAGGCUGAGACUGAGGAGACCAAUGUAGAAGGAGACGGACAAGAAGAGGAGGCUAAAGAAGCUGAAGAUGGCCCAGUGGAGGAGUCCAAACCAAAGCCCAGGCCAUUCAUGCCCAACUUGGUGCCACCCAAGAUUCCGGAUGGGGAGAGAGUAGACUUUGAUGACAUCCACCGGAAGCGCAUGGAGAAGGACCUGAAUGAGCUGCAGACGCUGAUCGAGGCUCAUUUUGAGAACAGGAAGAAAGAGGAGGAGGAGCUCAUUUCCCUCAAAGACAGGAUUGAGAAGCGGCGGGCUGAGCGGGCCGAGCAGCAGCGCAUCCGGAAUGAGCGAGAGAAGGAACGUCAGACUCGCCUGGCAGAAGAGAGAGCCCGACGGGAGGAGGAGGAGAACAGGAGGAAGGCUGAGGAUGAGGCCCGGAAGAAGAAGGCUUUGUCCAACAUGAUGCACUUUGGGGGUUACAUCCAGAAGGCCGAGACGGAGCGGAAAAGUGGAAAGAGGCAGACGGAGCGGGAAAAGAAGAAGAAGAUUCUGGCCGAGAGGCGGAAGGUGCUGGCCAUCGACCACCUGAAUGAAGAUCAGCUGAGGGAGAAGGCCAAGGAACUGUGGCAGAGCAUCUAUAACCUGGAGGCAGAGAAGUUCGACCUGCAGGAGAAGUUCAAGCAGCAGAAAUAUGAAAUCAAUGUUCUCCGAAACAGGAUCAACGAUAACCAGAAAGUCUCCAAGACCCGCGGGAAGGCCAAAGUCACCGGGCGCUGGAAAUAGGGGCAGCAGCGUCCUCACCAAAGACCCUCGCCGUGUCCGGCCCAGCUUGUCCCCAGCCCCGGGCCUCCUGGGCACUGGAGGCCGACUCUCGUCUGGAAACCAGGGGCUGGCCCAGUGGGGCACUGCCGUUCGCGCCGGCACCCCCACAUGGCCACGCAUGCCAAUAAUAAAAGCCAACACAAUC